AGAAUUAUUAAUAUAAUGGAAUAAACAAAGGUAGAAUAAAAUGAGGAGAUGGUGGGUUAAUAACCUUAAACUCAUCUAAUAUAAUUAGAUGUAGAAGAAUAAAUAUAAGUUCCCAUAAAGAGACCAGCACGAAAAACCUUUGGUGAUUUAACAAUAAUAUUUCUUUUUGAAACAAUUGGCACAGGAUUAUUUGCUUAUGGAAUAGUAGCAUCAAAUGGAUCAGAUUUUUUAAUUGCUGCUUAUCUAUAUGCUGCCAUAUUUCUGACUUGUAAAUUUACAGGAGGACAUGUUAAUCCAGCAGUGUCUUUCAGUUUUUAUUGUGAUGAUACUAUUAGUUCAUGGACUUUAAGAAUCUAUUGGGCUGCAUAAUUAUUGGGUGCAGUUGGAGGGGCUUGGAUAGCUUAUUUAAUUUUAGGUGUAGUGACAUCUCCAAGUAUAAAAAGUACAAAUAUUGAAUGGAUGUUGGCAGAUUUAUGUGGAGAAGUACUAUUUAAUAUUAAUAAUUUUGAAAGGCUUUAGGAACAUUUAUGUUUGUUCUUUUUAUUCAUAUAUAAGUCCAUGAAUAAACAAGAUAAACGAAUAAUGAAAUUGCAGGAAUUGCUUGGAUUGUAUUAGGACUCUUUUUUUCUAGAUAAUUAACUUCUCAUACAGGAGGUAAUGAUAUAUGAAAAUGCAAGGUUGUCUUAAUCCAGCUAUGGGAGUUGGAUUAGAAUUAUUUGAGGCAUUUUGGUUGAAUGACACUAAUAAACUAGCUAAUUUUUGGGUUUUUUUAUUUGCUCCCUUAUUCGGGGCAUAUAUGGCAUCUAUUUUUUAUAAUUCAAUCUAUCUACCUUUAACAAAGAAAUGAUAAUAAUAAUAUAUUAUUCAAG